ACUGGGUCCUAGGUGACUUUGAGGCUGAUCCGAGCUGGCCCUCUCCCUGCAAACUCGGCUAGUCUGCGAAGUGGCAGGACGUUCCCUCUCUGGCGAUUAUGGGGAGCUUGCGUGGCCUGUGCCUGGCGGCGGGAAACUGCCUGAGAUUGUGUGAAAGAGAAGUUUUCCCCUCUCUUCAGCUAGCCAGAAAAGGAGAUUUGAAGAUGAUGAAAGGAUUUUGUACAAAACCACAGGAAAAUUCAAAACCCUCAUCUAAAGAUUUUUAUAAACCUAGAGUGCCAUUACAUAAGCCCACUCCCUGGGAAAAGAAGUUAAUCGUCUGGUCAGGCCGUUUCAAAAAAGAAGAAGAAAUCCCAGAGACAAUCUCAUUUGAGUUGCUUGAUGCUGCCAAGAACAGGGUCCGGGUCAAGGUCAGCUACAUCAUGAUUGCCCUAACUAUAGUAGGAUGCAUAGUUAUGAUUUUUCAGGGAAAACAGGCUGCCAAAAGACAUGAGACCUUGACAAGCCUGAACUUAGAAAGGAAAGCUCGUUUGAGAAGGGAAGCGGAAGAAGCCCUGGAGUCCAAAACUGAUUAGAAUUACAGAUAUGAAGUGGUUAGAUGGGUAUUUAAAACUCAGCAAGAACAGUGUGGUAGGCCAAUGCCUAGUGUGGGAAAACUAUUUGCAUAAAAGAAUGACUUUUACCAGUGCCCCUUUGCUGUGUUUUGUAGCAUUAUCAAUAAAUUAUCUCAACAGAACAGCUUGUCAUUUUUCACAGGUGAUCAGAGUUUGAACCAAACCCUAGCUCUUGGUCAUUUGAAAAACAAAGACAAUAAAAGUGAUGUGAUUUAGGUCAAAUACCCAUUGUUCAUAAUGCUAAACUGAUUUAUUUCUACAUUGCUAAAGGUUUUGUUUGAGAGCACAGGUACUAUUUUUCUUUCACAUACCAUAAAAAUACUUUAUUACAGUUUUUAAUGAAAAAUCUAGGUGGCCCACUCUGUGUUUAUGUACCAAUUUUCUAAGUACUCAGCAACACAGACCAGAAAGAGCUAGAUGAGAACCAGCUAAGGGUUCUGUCAUAAAAGUAAUGAUGAAAAUAUUUCACCACUCGCUUGGCUUUUCUGGACAGUCAAAAAAGUAGUAGUUAGGCAUGCAACCUAAGCACAGGGAGUGCUAUCUGCCUUGUACCCAAGCUGCUUGAGGAUUCUAGAAGUUACAGAGUGGUAGGGAAUAGGUCUUCAGGAAAGGCAGGAUCAUACCUAUGUGGUGAUGUGAUACUAGAAUUUGCAAAGACCUGGUUGUCAGUGACCAAUUCUGAAUUAACAUCAUCCUUCAGAGAGUCUGCCACAGAGGCAGCUAUGUGUACCUUCAUUUUCCUAUGAUUAUCACUAGGUAAGAGCUCUGUUACUUCCUGAGUAUAGAAGGAUAUAGCUAGUGAAUAAACCCCAAGGAAAGAAUGGCUGAAACCAAGUCUUCUCUCCAUGCAUGAGUAGCAGCUUAUUUCCCACUACUCUGUAACUUGUAGGACCAUCAAACAACUGAGGAACAGUCAUGUACCACUUCUAGGACUUACGUUAUGUACCUGACAUUUAUCUGUUUCCUUGUGCAAAAAAUCAUUUGUGAUUUGUGACUUUAUGAUUUAAAUAAAUGGUUUAACAUAA